GUGCGGAGAAAAUGGAAGAGAAGCAUUGGAAGGGAGUUUGAUCGAUGACACGUAAAUGUGACGUGGGUGCGGUGAACCAUUUAUAAAAGCCCAGAUCCUGGCCAAAAGCCCCAGUAACUAUCAAGCCAAAAUGUCCGACGCCGGCCGCAAGAGUAUACACACGCAUUUAGCAGAAAACCUCACACCCGACUUCCUCAAGAGCCAGGAGAAGCAAAACGCGCAACUCAAGAGUGGUCAGGAAGAUGAUGCCAUCGGUCGCAAUACUCCGCAGAACGAGAAAGGCAAAGUUCAGAAAGUUUGGGACAAGAUUCAAGGCAAUGUCCCCAAUGCUUCUGGAAAUGAGCCUGGAAACAUUCUUGCCGGCGGCCCUACUACAGGACACAGGGAGGACCUAAAAUAGUAGCAUCGCAGAGAUUCUCGUCCAUAUAUCAUGUACAUUUUCAAUCAAUAAGAACACAAUAAGAGUAAAUCAAUGCUUUCCAACGUAA